AUGGCACGCGGGCCCAGGAAACACUUGAAACGGCUCAAUGCCCCAUCACACUGGAUGUUGGACAAGCUCACAGGGACUUAUGCACCUCGACCAUCUCCUGGUCCACAUAAGCUCCGUGAGUGUUUGCCACUGGUUAUUUUUCUGAGAAAUCGGCUGAAAUACGCGUUAAAUAAGAAGGAAGUCAUGUCUAUCGUAAUGCAAAGACUGAUCAAAGUCGAUGGAAAAGUUCGAACUGAUCCAACUUUCCCUGCUGGAUUUAUGGACGUCAUCACAAUCGAGAAGACAGCCGAGAAUUUUCGCUUAAUCUACGACACCAAGGGCCGCUUUACAAUCCACAGAAUUACCGAUGAUGAGGCUAAAUACAAACUCGCCAAGGUUAAGCGUGUUCAAGUCGGCAAAAAAGGCAUCCCGUUUAUGGUUACUCAUGACGGACGCACGUAUCGUUAUCCUGAUCCAAAAAUCAGUGUCAACGACACGAUAAAGGUGGAUUUAGAAAGCAGUAAAGUCACCGAUACUAUUAAAUUUGAUGUCGGAAAUCUUGCCAUGGUCACUGGUGGACGUAACAUGGGAAGGGUAGGAGUUAUUGAACAUAGAGAACGUCAUAUUGGAGGGUUCGAUCUUAUACAUUUAAAAGAUACAGCAGGUCAUCAAUUCGCUACCCGUAUUGGCAACGUUUUCGUCAUUGGUGAAGGAUCGAGAUCGUACGUUAGCUUGCCAAGAGGCAAGGGUGUGAAACUGAGUAUUGCUGAAGAAAGAGACAAACGUCGUGCGGCUGCGCAGGCAGCGACUUCUUCACAUUAG